CAACAGCAACACAGCAACUUGGCAACAAAAAAAAAACCUUUUGGCAGGAAAGCACCAGAAAAAAAACAACAAAAACCAGAGGAAAAUACCGAAAUCCACCAAAAACAUACAAAAGCAGGGAAAAGACGACAGAGAAAAGCCUUCCCAGGGCAGCUUCUUGGAGCUUUAGAAGCGGCAUUGCUGCCGAAAGCAGCAACAGCAGCAGCAACAUCAACAAUCGAAACAUCAGCAACCAAAUCGAGAAAGCAACCUGCGAUCGCAAUGCUCAAUGGAAAUACUUUUACGGUUAAGCGGCUCUUAGCGCUGCUGAUCAUCUUCACAGUCGUGGACGCCAGUCGAGCCCUGGAAUUGGGCGACAAGUGCCAGCAUGACAUGGACUGUACGGAUUUCAUCAAGGGCAGCAGCUGCUCCGCCCUGGGUUACUGCGAGUGCGCCCCCUACUUCGUCCAGUUGAAUUCCAAACGCUGUUUGUCAUCCCAGCUACUUGGCGGCGACUGCCAACUGAGCGAACAGUGCUCGAUGAAGGUGGCCAACAGCAGUUGCCUGGACGGAGCCUGUCGGUGCGUCGAGGGAUUCUUGCAGUUCCGCAAGCACACCUGUCUGGGACCUGCCCAUCCUGGCGCCGUUUGCUACAGCCACGCCCACUGUCAAAUGUUCGAUACCCGCACCCAUUGUGACUUCCUGAUCCCGAAUCUCUUCGGACGCUGCCAGUGCACGAGUCCGGCCAAGAUGGUGGGUGGUCUGUGUGUCGCCCCAGCUGCGGAUCAGGAGGAGCAGGCCGUCGAGAAGGUGGAACUACCAAGCAGCACUACAACCUCAACUACUACAACAACGACGAGGAAGACCACCACCACUACGACAACGACAACUACACCCGCACCCACCACCACAAGAACAACGACCACGACAACUGCUGCUCCCAUUCUUCUGGAGGAUGAACUACCGGCCAGUGUGGAGGAGCAGUCGCUGGAGGAGGACGACGGUGAGGCCACCAAGCUAAGACCCGAGGUCUCCGAACUGGAUAACGGCGAGAAACUGGAGGCCGUGGACAUGGCCCACGAGGAAACCGAACUGACGCAACAGCAGUUGCAGGAGGAGGAGCAAAAGCACCAGGAGGAGCAGCAACACCAGGUGGAGGCAGAACAGCAGGUGCCAGAGCAGCAAACCUCUCCGGAUGCCACCACUGGAGUCCAGCAGCUACUCACGCCCGCAGACGUGCCCACUGAGAAUGCCAUUGCUGUGGAGCAAGAAACCGAAGUCGGACCCACCGAGGAUUACCCCUACAAGAUCGAUGAGGAGUAUCCCGAGGAGCACGAUAACAACAAGCCAGAACUAACCGAAGAGCAGCCAGAACACCAGCCAGAAGAAUCACCUGCAGAAGCCGAGGAAUUAGAGGCUUCAGGGGGCCAAGAGAUCGCCUCAUCGCCCAUCGUCGACGACACCAUGAAAUUCGAUUAUGAAACGCCUGUCGAGGAGCCAGAAAAGGAAAAGGAGGUGUUGCCGCCGACUAAUGAGGAGGUGGUGCCCAUUGAUGCCGAGAGCGAGACCAAUGCCGAGGAUGCCCCCACUGAGCCCCAGAUCCAGACGCAGCAGCUCGGCGACGCGAUUGAGGAGGAGGCCGAGCCCGAGACAUCCCAGACAGUAGCCGAUGAAGAACUGAUCCCAGUCGAAACCGAAAGUGUGACGAAGGCAACCGAAGCUCAAGUUGAAGAGGCGGAGCAGUCGGAGGAUCUGGCUUCGGGGGAUCAUGAGUUGGAAGUGGAGCCACCCAAGCCCGAAGAGACACUGAAGAUCGAAGAGCCAGCCCAGGUGGCGUCGGAGAGUGAAAGCCAGGCCGUCGAGUUUGUGAAAAAACCAGAGGAGCCACAGUCGGAGCCAGAGCCAGAGACCGAAAUAGAAAAAGAAAAGGAGCAGCCGGCAGCAGCUACUGAAGCCGCAGAAGUGGAGCUGCCAGUUGAGGAAGAAGAAACCAAGCCAGAGAUGGUGUCUGAAAUCGAUCAGGCGGAACAAAGCGCCGACAUCAAGCCGACAAGUGGCGAAGAUGAUUUAAAUGAAGCCAAUCAAUUAAAUGAAGACCAAGUCACAGAGGCGGCAGCUGAGACGUCUGAGCCGGAGGAGGUGGACGAAGAAAAAGAGCCCGAACAGGUGGUGGAAAUCCAUCAAGAUGCAGAUGAAGCCACAACAGAGAAACCAGUCCAGGCUGAUGAAGAGGUGGAGUCCGAAUCGGAUUCAAACGCUGACUUGGAGAAAGAGGAACCGGAGGCGGCGGAGGCAAUCACCGAAGCGGAGCACGAACAAUUGACAUACCCAACAAAUGAUGAUGAAUUGGCGCCAGUGGAAAGAGAACCAGAGCUGACCACAGAGGAACCAGAACUCGCUGAGAUAACCACAGAGCUGCCAGAAGAUCAUGAUCAAGUGAAAGAGGAGCAGGAGCAUGAGCCCGAGAAGGCGGCUGAGGCAGAGGUAGAGAAAGAGAUUCCGCAGGUGGAGGAGCAGCCGGUGGAGGAGCCGGAGGAGGAGGAGCAGCAGGUGGAGUCGGAGGAAAAUGCAAAUGCAAUUAAAACGCCUGAAGUGUCGGAAGCAAUUGCAGAGCCGCAGGCAGAGAAUGAGAUCGAAGCCGUGACCGAGAAAGAGAUAGAUCAAGAGCCACAGACAGAGACAGAAGCGGAGACAGAGACAGAAUCAGCUUCAGAGAUUGAGGAACAGCAACCUGUAGAGGCAGCUACCGAGAAGAUACCAGAAGAAAUACCAGAAGUGGAGUCCGCCGAUGAUGAGGUGUCGGAGGCACACCCUGAGCCCGAAGAGCUGCCAAUUAAGAGCGAAUCAGAUAUCGAACCGGAAGCCACCACUGAGGCGGUGAUCGUACCAGAAUCUCAGCCAGAAACGGAAUCUGAGGCACAAAAAGAAGAACAGGCCAGUGAAAGUGUCCAAAUUCCGGAGGAGAUUGCUGAACAGCACGAUGAAGUGGAAGUGGAGAAAACCGAAAACGACAACAUCAUCCAAGGAGCGGAGCCCAAUGAGGAACAAGAUGUAAUCCCAGAACCAGAGGUAGAGCAAUCGCCCUUGCCAGAAGUCCAGGAUGACCAUGAGACGCUCGAAAAGGUUGAAGAUCAGGAACAGACCGAAUCCGAUUAUUCAAACGUUGGACAAGUUCAGGAAGAGGAAACCACUCCUGCCAUCGCUGAAGCGGAAGAAUCUGACAAAGUGGAGUCCACACUGGCUCCUGAGCUGGUGGAGGCACCCAGUGCCAUCGUCAGCGAUGAACAGGACGAGGACCAGGAUCACCAGAACUUCCAUGAAAGCGAAAGCAUUGCCGACAUUCUCAGCGACCUGAUGUUGGAGGGCGACAGCACCGUGCCCCCAGUUCCAUUUGGCGAGCAACCAGCCCAGACAGUUCCCAUGGUGGAGGCGAACUCCGAGAACGAGGAGGAGCAGCCUCAUGGCGCCAUUUCCGAUCUCCAAGCUGAGGCCGAUGAAACCCACGAUCAUGUGGCAGCUGAGGAGCCAGCGGAACCAACUAUUCCUGAACUGUUUGCCGAGGCAGCCAAUGAUGAGGAGUCGGAGCAAGAGGAGGAGCAGGUGACCCCCGCUCCAGAACAAAUUGAGGAAGAAGAGAAGCCAGUUGAACAGGAAGAACAUCAAGAGGAGAUCCCCAAGGAGGAGGAGCCCGCUAAGGAAGAAGAACCAGCCAAGGAAGAGGAGCCUGCCAAUGACGAGGAACCUGCCAAGGACGAGGAACCUGCUAAGGAAGUGGAAACCGAAAGUAUUCCCGAAGAAGCCACCACCGAAAAGGUAAUUGAAUCCGAAUCCGAGGACGAACACAGUCUGUUGCCCGAGGAACUGCCCUUCGACUUCGACGAUCACUCUGGCGGCAUCCGUGUCAAUGAAUUGGAAUCCGAUAGCCUGGUCCUGGAAUCCACCACCACGAUCGAUGGUCUACAAGAACUGGAAAGCAACCACAUCGAGCCAGUGGAUGAGGAUGAGGCGCCACAGGCUGCAUCCCACAAUACAGUUCACGAAGAGGCCACUCCGAAUCCUGCGGAUAUUGUAGAGAUCACCACCCAGACCAUGCUGGGCUUGGCCAGUCGUGUAACCCUCAUGGAGCCAGCUGCUCCCGUUGUGACCACUCUUAUGCCCCUGAUGACAUCCGACGAGCCCACACCGGAGCCCGUUGCUCCUGCUGUCAUUGUUCCAGUGAGCAAGCCAGGCUCGGAGCUGCGCAAACGUGUGGAUCUGGGUCUGGAGGCGGUGUCCCUGGGUCUGGCCUGCAGCAGUGAUCGGCAAUGCCAGUUGGCUGAUCCCCAUACCGUGUGCAAUGGACGUGGAGUUUGUGACUGCGCAGCUGGAGGUGAUCAAGGAGAGCAGUGCAGUGCUGAAAGAACCGGAUGCAGUCCGGGCACCUUCCAGUGCCGUUCGAGCGGUGUGUGCAUCUCCUGGUUCUUCGUGUGCGACGGACGUGCGGACUGCAACGACGCCUCCGACGAGGAGUGCACCCACAAUGCCCGCCUCAACCAGACCUGUCCGACGGAGUCUUUCCGCUGCCAGCGCAGUGGCCGCUGCAUCUCCCGGGCGGCCUUGUGCGACGGUCGCCGCCAAUGCCCGCAUGGCGAGGACGAGCUGGGAUGCGACGGCAGCGUGCGGGGCGGCAACGCCUGCCCGGAGCACACUUUCCGCUGCGGCAGCGGCGAAUGCCUGCCGGAGUACGAGUACUGCAACGCCAUCGUCUCCUGCAAGGACGGCAGCGAUGAGCCGCCACACCUGUGCGGAUCCCGGGCCAUGCCCAACCUGUUCAUGCGCCUGAUCGAGGCGGGAGGUUUGUUGAGAGGCGGCGAACGGAGGGAGGCGGACGCUUACUGCCCGCACCGCUGCAGCAACGGCCUGUGCCGUUCCACCGCCAUCGUCUGCUCCGGAAGGGAUGGGUGCGGCGAUGGCACCGACGAGCAGACCUGCGCCGUGUGCCGUUGCCCCGCCCCAACUGCUGCCAGCCUGCCCGUUUAUCUGGCCCGGCAACGCCCCAUGCCCCUGUGGUAGGCGGGACUUGCCACACCACAGAUUAUGGAUCCACCAGGCAGCGCAGACUGACCAAGGAUUUGCCAGACUUUGUUUUCCAGGACCCUUCCACAACUCUAUCGCUUUACCCAAUCCAACCACAUUCGAAACGAUUUUGCUUAGCAUUUAAGUGGAUAUUUACAAUUUUAUUUAUUUAUUUAUUAUGACUUUAGCUGUGCCCGAGCCACGCCCAAUUGCCACCUUGCUAUCAAAGGCGGACCAACCCGUUGGGCCCCCUUUGAGCCAGUGAUGUUUGUCAAUUGAGUGCCACUGGGCGCAUCCCUAAGCCACAUCCACACGAAAACACUACACAAACCACUCAAUUCGCCCCCAUUUCGACUAUUUAUUCUACUCAUCCUAAUCCAUUAAACUAUUUAUUUAUCCCCACAAGAAAACACGAAAAAAACAUACAAACAAAAAAAAUAAUAAGAAACACUCAAAAAUGUAUCUUCAUGUAGCUUAGUUUUAUGAAAUUUUCUAAUUUAUUACAUAAUAUUAUUGGCCAGGAAAACCAGUAACGAUGAUGCAUUUCUAUCGAUUAAUAUUUUGUAAAUAAGAGUAAACGUGUUCGUUGUACAUGAUAAAACCACAAUGCCUAUAAAGAAUCGUAGGUUAUAUAUGUGUAACCUAGCACAGAUCCGAUCAUAUCCCUAUAUAGUUUAUUAUAUGUAUGAACGUGCGGGGAGCCCUCGCACACUUUUCUCAAAGUCAAGACGCAUCACAUUAAAACUAAACGACAAAAAAAUAAAACAAAAAUGAAAUGACA